CCUCGUCGCCGUUCCUGUCUGCUCGUCUGCUUCCGCCAUCACGCUCAUUUCAUGCUUCUCCUUGGCUUCCGUCGAUUUGGCCUCAUCGUGACUAUCAGGCCCGCCCCGCGUCUCCAGCCCUCUGUGCGACCCUUCACAGCAAUGCCGCCGUCUCUCAAACAGCACCGCGCCCUGCUGCUCCUCCCGCCCGCGCCGUCACCGCCAUCAUACGCGGCAUUGAAGGCAGCGUACAGCUCGCCGCUGUUCACAGUGCUAAAAGAGCUUGCGAGGACGCCCCGGAGGGCGCAGGAGCCCGCCAUUCUGGACAUUGCCUUGCCGUGUCCCCACCUCUAUGGACAGAUAGGCGCACCGAGAGGGCCGCUCUAUGCAACCACACAGAGCCUUGUAGCAGGCCUUUACAAGCUCAUCUGCGUCAUUGCCGCGAAGAACGCAAUUGACACCGAAGAUGCUGAAGGCGUUGACGCUCGCGUCGUUCCCGUUGCGUACCCGCGAGACGGCAAGCUGGAGAGUCCCAUUGAAGAUCCGAUCCCCGAUCAGGAACUCCAGGGCCCAGCUAUCCAUCUGCGCACCCUUGCCCGCAGUCCCAGGGUUUGGGACACGGUCUACUCGGUUGAAUGCGAAGAGGGUGAGGGGGUGCUGCAGAACUUUGUUUCCUUUUCCGCAUCCGAAGCAAACGUGAAGAGAGUCCGGGGCGGCAUAGUGCAGGUCGAAACUUCCGAGCCGGCUGCUGCCACCCCCCAAGAAGCGCAAGCACCGACGAACCAUCUGUCAGUGGCCGUUGGCGGCACAUUCGACCAUCUUCACAUCGGCCACAAGCUACUACUAACCAUGUUUGCCUUUGUGUUGGGCAUAAAGCCCUCGACCAAUGACCAGGGGUCAAGCACACUCACCGUGGGCAUCACGGGCGACGCCUUGCUCAAGAACAAGAAAUACGCCGAGCAUCUGGAGAGCUGGCAGGAACGCCAACAAGCCGUGCAUAAUUUUCUCUCAUCCCUCAUCUACUUCGGACAGCCUGAGGAUAGUAGGAUUCGCGUCCAGGAGCUCAACGACUCGGGUCCGAAUGGGCAUGCCGUUCAUGUCACCUAUCCAUGGGGUCUGGUCGUUAAGUACGUCGAAAUAUGGGAUCCGUUUGGCCCCACGAUUACGGACGAAUCCAUCUCCGCCCUUGUCAUAUCACUCGAGACGCGAAGUGGCGGCGAUGCCGUGAACAGCAAGCGAGUUGAGAAAGGAUGGAGUCCAUUGGAGGUGUUUGAGGUUGCGGUCCUCGAUGCUGGCGAGGAGGAAGCUGUCGACGAGACAUUCCAGAGUAAGUUGAGCAGCACAGAGAUCCGCCGAAUGCGGAGUGAGCGGGUCAAGAACGACGUCUGAUGUACGUGCGGCA